GGAGGGGCCGCAGUGGUUUAUACCCUGCCCCUCCAGUGCACUUCUGCCUCGGGGCAGCUCAAGACAAUAAGAGAGACCCAAGAUACAGUAAAAGUGAUAACACGAACCAAAUGAAACAAACGAAGAAAAAAGGGGCCAGAUUAAAAACCACAAUCAUUCUCAGGUUCAAAUUAAAACUGAAAAUGAUAAGACGCUAAAGAACCUACCAGAUAUAACCAACAAGUAAUAAUCAGGGAGCAUUAGAAAGCCUCCUUCAAAAAGGUGCUGAAGGAAUUGGCUCCUGGGUCAAUUGGGACAAUGCUGGUGGUGGAAUCCAAAGCAGAGGUGGGAAAGGAUGGUACUAGGAAGAAGUAUGUUGUGAAAAAGGUUGAAUGCAUUGAUGAAACACAAGCAAAUGAUGCUCUUAAAGAGGCCAUGGAACUGCUGAGUUUGAAGCGUCAAAAUAUCUGUGCCUAUAAAGAAAUGUUUAUCAUCUGGGACAAUAGGAUUUCAUCUGUUUUUCUUUGCCUGGUGAUGCAACACUCGGAUCAAGAGAACCUCUCAUCUUUGAUUAAGGCCAAGAGGCAGAAGCAUGAGAAAUUUAAAGAUUUGGUGAUCCGGAUGUUCCUGGGGCAGAUGGUGGAUGCUUUGGUUUACAUCCACCAAAAGAACAUUUUUCACAGAAACCUCAAACCAUCCAACAUCCUUUUAGCUGGUGAGGCAUCCUUCAUGCUUUGUGACUUCAGCACUGAAACACUGAUGAGUGAUGAGAUGAAAUGGAAGAUAAGGGCGGAAGAAGAGCCUCUCUUCAAAUCCUGGAUGGCUCCAGAAGCACUCAGGUUUUCCUUCAGUGACAAAUCUGACAUCUGGUCUCUUGGCUGUAUUGUGCUCGACAUGUUGAGCUCCAUUUUAAAAGAGACAAAGGUAUUUGCAUUACUGCACAGCAUUCGGGGGGAUGUCGGUAGUCUGGAGGAUGCCCUGAUCACCAUGAAGCAGGGGAAUAAACCUUUGUCUCAUGUUCUGCGUAUGAUGCUGACGGUCGAGCCCAGUCUGAGACCUGCAGCACAGGAACUAGUUGUGGAUCCGUUUGUUAGGGACUGUCUGGUUCUCGCUGGGUCUUCUCUCAUCACUGGAAAGAAGACGUUGCCUCCAGGGAUACUAAAAAUAGUCCUUGAAGGUGGGAUCCAGACUAUUCUAGAAUUUAUGGUGUCUUACCCAGACGUCGAGGAAGCUCAAGAAAAGAGCAUCGAGCGUCUUAUCAGCUUCUUGAAAGAAGCCAAGGUCAGUGUAGAAGUGUUCCUUGGACUUAUGGACCCUGUGAUUUGUGCCAUAAAGAAUCACAGUGAUUCUCCUGACCUACUGUUAACUGGAUACUCUUUCCUCCUUGAAAUCACUGCUAGAGCCGUGGGACAGAAACUGGAUGUGAACAUGCUGGUCUGUGAAGAUAUCCUCAGUUGCCUGCUGAAUUCCAUCAGGACGUAUUCCAAGAAUGAAGAGCUGCUCUGGAUGAUCUGUACUUUGUUCAUGAUGGUCUCGAGUAAUGAAGUAGCAGCAGAGGCCCUGAGGAAAGCAGAUGUCUUCCCAGACAUUCUGACCAUUCUGAGCAAUUUUUCUCAUAACAAAGAUAUCUGCUUUGCUUGCUGUGGGGUUAUUUGGAGCCUGGUUGUUGGCGUGACCAACGUGGCUGAAAUCCCGCUGAAAUACACUAUAGAGAUUGUCUCUGUAAUUCUUCACAUGCACCUUCAACAUGGAGAGGUGGCGGAAUCAGCAUGUUGUGCUUUCUGGGCUCUGUCCCUUCAUGGUUGCGUAGAUGAAGUUAAUUACGAGCCCUAUUCCUUGCUUCUUCUGGAGGCUCUCCGGCGGCAUCCUGAAAGGCCAGUGCUGGUGAAGAAUGCUUGCCUGGCACUGGCGAGCCUCUUGAGGACAUCUGAGUUAUCUGGUUUCCGAUUCAUUGUCACAGACGAAAAAGGCAGCGGGAUAGCCCUGCUCAGAGAUUGCUAUCAGUUGCACUGCGAGGAUCCUGAAGUGGUGGAAAACAUUUGUGUCCUGAUUGAUGAGAUGUUUAAAUACGAUGAAAUCGUGGUGGAGAUGGUCUCCCAAAACAUAACUGAGAUGCUGACUGAAAUGAAGAACAGGUUUACCUCCAGUCUGGAAAUAGUUGCACUCGUAGAGAAGGCACUCGCCAAACUGCAGAAGAAAGGUGAUAUCGGGAACUAUUAUUAUGGACAGGGACAUCCGAUGAAGCCGCACAGGAUCCGGAUGACGCACAACCUGUUGUUAAAUUAUGGCUUGUACAGAAAAAUGGAAAUCUAUCGCCCUCACAAAGCGACAGCAGAAGAAAUGACCAAAUACCACAGUGAUGAGUACAUCAAAUUUCUUCGCUCGAUCAGACCCGACAAUAUGUCUGAAUACAGCAAGCAGAUGCAGAGAUUUAAUGUUGGAGAAGACUGUCCUGUCUUUGAUGGGCUUUUUGAGUUCUGUCAGCUGUCGACAGGAGGCUCUGUGGCGGGAGCAGUCAAGCUGAACAGACAACAGACGGACAUGGCUGUUAAUUGGGCCGGAGGACUUCACCACGCCAAGAAGUCGGAGGCUUCUGGUUUCUGUUACGUCAAUGACAUUGUGCUUGCCAUUCUUGAGUUACUGAAAUACCACCAAAGAGUGCUGUACAUUGACAUUGACAUCCAUCACGGUGAUGGGGUUGAAGAAGCAUUCUACACCACCGAUCGCGUCAUGACUGUAUCAUUCCAUAAAUAUGGUGAAUAUUUCCCUGGUACUGGCGACUUACGGGACAUAGGGGCGGGGAAAGGCAAAUAUUACGCUGUCAACUUUCCAAUGAGAGACGGAAUUGACGACGAGUCAUAUGGACAGAUUUUUAAACCAAUUAUAUCCAAAGUGAUGGAGAUGUACCAGCCGAGUGCUGUGGUCUUGCAGUGUGGGGCAGAUUCGCUGUCUGGUGACAGGCUGGGGUGCUUCAAUCUGACGGUCAAAGGUCAUGCUAAAUGUGUGGAAGUGGUGAAGACUUUCAACUUGCCUCUUCUGAUGCUCGGAGGAGGUGGAUAUACUAUUCGCAAUGUUGCUCGGUGCUGGACCUACGAGACUGCUGUUGCCUUGGACUGCGAAAUUCCGAAUGAAUUGCCCUACAAUGACUACUUUGAGUACUUUGGACCUGACUUCAAGCUGCACAUUAGCCCAUCAAAUAUGACCAACCAGAACACCCCAGAAUACAUGGAGAAGAUUAAGCAGCGUCUGUUUGAGAACCUGCGCAUGCUGCCUCACGCCCCUGGUGUGCAGAUGCAGGCGAUCCCUGAAGACGCUGUUCACGAAGACAGUGGCGAUGAAGACGCCGAGGAUCCAGACAAACGCAUUUCUAUCCGCGCCUCUGAUAAGCGGAUAGCUUGUGACGAAGAAUUCUCCGAUUCCGAAGACGAAGGGGAGGGUGGGCGAAGGAACAUUGCAGACCACAAGAAAGGAGCCAAGAAAGCCAGACUAGAAGAAGACAAAAAAGAAGCGGAGGACAAAAAAUCAGAUAUUAAAGAGGAAGAUAAAUCUAAGGACAACAGUGGUGAGAAGUCAGACACCAAAGGAGCAAAGUCAGAACAGCUCAGCAAUCCUUGAAUAGAAAGCCUCACAUCAAUUAAAAGGACACAGUGCUAAAAGCGCGGGUGGGGAAAGCGAAAAGCAAAUUUUCCUACGGGAAGAGACUGUUGAUUUCUAUUUGGCAUGGAGCUAUUUAUUUUCCAAAAAAAACCCCUACUGUGUUUUUUUUGUUUUUGGCAAGUUGUAUUGUGAGUUUUCUAAUUAUGAUGCAAAAAUGUGUUCCAUCCAGCUUUAAGUAAUAGUAUUUAAAAUGGAUGUGAGUUAUUAUGUUAAACGUCUAAACGGAUCUAUUAAAAUUUGCCUUUUCCUGAGCUGAUUUUACCCUUUUUUGUAAUUAUAUCUUUAUUAAAAAAGGAAAAAAAAAUUG